UUGUUGUUCUUGUUUUACUGAAUUGCCGAAUGUUGUAUUGUGCAUUCAAAUUCAAUGCCGUUCAUUCGAUCAAAUUGUACGAAUUGGGCGAUAGUGCUGCACCGUUAUUUGGUACCGCUCUCUCUUUCUCCGUUCACAUACACAGGAUCGGACGGGAUGGCGUUCUUCAAAGAUAGCGCGCGUCAUAUUGAUAGAUAGAGAAAGAGAGAACGAAACUCAAAUGCAAGUGUAUGUCGUCCGUUCACAGUCCAAAAGCAAAAGCAAAAGCAAAAGUGAAAGAAAACAAGAAAGAAAGAAAGAAAGAAAGAAAGAGAGACAGAAGAAAAAAGAAGCAAACGAAUUAUUCCGUGUCUGUGGACAGAAUGAAAUAAACGAUUUUUUCCCCGUAUACCGAAAAAAUAACAAAAUUCUUAUCAUCAAAUUUGUCAGUCUUUUGUUGAGUGCUCGUUUGUAUGCUGUUAGCGAAGAAUUUUCGGCUUAUUAUUAAAUAUAAUUGCAGCUCGUCGCAUUACAAUUUUUUUUCUUUCAUUUUUGCUUGCCGCAAUUUUUCAUCGAUCCGUAAUCUAUUUAGAUAAAACAUUUCUGUUGUUGUUGUUGUUGUUGUUGUUGGUAUUGUGGUUGUCUUAAGGUUUGGCGCACGCUGAAUUGUUUGGUUUCAUUUGCAUUGAAUGUAUACUUCAAACGGCCAAAGAACACCCGAACAACAAAUGAAGCAUUAUAAGAUGGGCAGAGUUUUGAAAUCGAACAGCAUAGCAAAAAAUAAAAAAAAUACCGAAAUCGAUGAAAAAACACGUGAAAAUAAUGAGCCGACAUGGAAAACUAGAAUCCAUCGUGUGGCCAUUGAAUUUGCCAGUACGUUCAUUGGUCAAGCGAUGAUGAUGCAAUCCGACAAAUUGCUGUGGACUCUGGAAAAAACAGCGACAUGGAUUUCCAACGGCAAAACUGCAGAUGGAAAGAGAGCAAAAGCGCCAGCUAGCUUGGUUAGACCACUUAAUUGGUUCUUCUUUUUGCCAACUUUGGUUGCAUUACGUUUCAUUCGUGUUAUGCUAUCGUUGGUGUCGAUUUGCCUAGGAUUUGAUGAAAUUGAGGCAUCAACAAUGGUAACAUUUUUGCAUGAAUCGCGUCGCAACAUACGACAAGUAUUGCUGGAAGCAAAGCGAAACAAACACCGGAGCUCGGCUAUCGACUAUGCCAAACAGUCUGCCUUAUCAUUUCUAUCUAAUCUGAGCAAUUGUAUUUCCCACAUGCCACCCGAUGCAACAGACAAAGUACACAGCAAUAAGACUUCGUUGAAUGCAUCGGUGACGUUUGCAACUGAAAAAGAUGACCGAAUUACUACGAAUAGUGAAGAUAGCGAUUUGGAAGAUCAAUUAUACGAAGAUUUCCUCAAACGCCCCAUUGAAACGUCUGACACAGAUGAUGAAGAUUUCGUGUUUGAGCUAAACGGCGACGAUAUUUCUGAUACGGACAGCCAAAGUAGCGUCGCCACAGAAGAUCUGUCUGAUGACGAUGCCACUGAUGAGGAAGACACAAGUGAAGUUAUAACGAGCGUACCGAAACAUACAAAUGGAAACGCAGCCGAUAAUGACAGUAAUUAUUCAGCUGCUACAGGUACCAUUGCCCAUCAAUCCGAAGAAGCCAAUUUAGAUUCAUAUGAUGCUCAAUCGUCAACGAUGGGAAAUGAUGUCGAUGCUAUCUUAAACAGAUUGAUUGAGGAUGCCGCCACAGCUACAGAAGCCAAAGGCGUUCCAUCACAUAAUCGCGGUAAAAAUAUCAAUCGUCAUCAUAAAAACGGCCGCAACCACGCAAAAACACAAAAUAAUGGCAAACAUUUUAAUGGAGCUCACGCUCAGGCCAAAAGCAAAAAUGUUAAACAUCAUCAAGUCGAGUCUACGACCGAUUUUAUUGCCGAAGCUGCUGCAGCUGACCGUACUUAGAUCCAUUCACCUCAAACAAUUUUCAAAUGUUGUACCCAAAUUGCGCUGAGAAUGAUUUAUAUUUUUGAUUAUGUGUUGUUUUUUUUUUAAUGUUUUUUUUGCCAUUUUUCUUUCGAACACUCAUUAUUCAGUGGAAUUUUAUUCGAUAACAAACAAGAAAUCCAUUUGAGUCACUUUUCCUGCGAAAACUGUGAGAAACAAAUGGUGAGAUGAAGAAAAAAAAAAGUGGUGUCGUAAAUUUUGCAAUGACAAAAAAGAUUUGUACAGAGAAAUACGCAUUCCGCAAGCAGAAUUAUAAAAACAGCCAAUUGCAAAGCAAAAUUUAAAUAGAACAUAGCCACAGAAAAAAAGUUAAACAUUCUUACAAUCACGAAUACACAUUUGACACAUUCAUAUACAUUUAUAUACGGGUUCAGCCGGCAUAUACAAAUAUACAUUUAGAAUUGCAUCAAAUUUAUAUAUAAAUAUUAUACAUAUUCCGUGAACAUGAUAGAAAAAAUUAAAAAUUAUAGCAACUUCAACAGAUUUUUGUACGCCUUUGUCAUACCUACCGCUGUAAUUUAAAAUUCAAAUUGAAUAAUUGUUACGAAACUGAAAACGCACAUACGCGCCUACAUUUAAUAAACGAUUACAUACUACAUUUAUCGAGUGUGUGCUGAGCGCUCAUAAAA